UUGUUGUUGUUUUGUAAAAGUAUUAUUGUUUUGCUUGUGAGUUAAUGUAAUAAAUGGAAAAUAUUGAAGAUAAAUUAAAAAAUUAUCGUCUACGCAAGAGACGUCAAGAACAAAUACAUCGUUUUAAGGAGAGUAUUAAAGGAUUUUUUAUGCUGGGUGUAAAAAGCAAAAAUGAAAAUGAACGACCAGACAAAACAACUGUGAUCAUACACGAUUCUGAGCCGGAUGAUUAUUUGCCGAAGGCUUUAAACAGUUCAUCUGAUGUGGAUGUCUACAAUGAUAGCGAUGAUGUCGCUGUAUUAUCCGAAGAAGAAGCUGUCCAAAACAAUUCUGCUGUUGAAUCUGUGGAUUCAGAUAGUCGUAUUUUUAAGUAUACACUUCGCAUAGUUUAUAUAGCGUUUUGGGUCACUCUAUACAUAAUAGCAAUUGAACUGCAAUUUGGAAUUGUCUUCUUAAUGUUGUCGGCACUUAUCGGAAUUUACUUGAAUACACGUACGGGCCCAAAGAACACAAAUGAAAUAAGUGCUUACAGUGUUUUUAACAAAAAUUGUGAAAGUAUUGAUGGAACGCUGAAAGCUGAGCAGUUUGAACGUGAAAUCGGCAUUAGAUAGAAAAUGUGCUAUCAGUAAAAUGUUUAAUCUUAUAAAUAUGUAUGUAAUAUAAAAAUUUUUUUACUCUCAAUUUUUUUUUAGAAAAUUAAAAGAAAUCUAAGAAAAA